CACAUAAACAAUCCGCCACGUGUCACAUCCCAGAUCCGGAUACUAUAUAAUCCCAAACAAACAGACUCACAGAUAUCCUCAAAUUCGUUACAUUUCUAGAGAGAGACUGUAGGAAUGGAGGAAUCGUUGAUAAAGAGGCUCGAAUCCGCCGUGACAAGGCUAGAGUCACUCUCCGACGGCCUCCGAUCAGGUGCAUCGGCGGCGACCGGCGGCGACGCGGCGUCGGAUCCGUCGGUGGUGGCGUUUGAGGAUUUGAUGAGUGAGUAUGUAGGGAGGAUUUUGAAAGCUGCGGAGACGAUCGGAGGCGAGGUUUUCGAUGUCACGAGGGUUCUAGAAGAAGGAUUCUCGGUGCAGAAGGAUCUUAUUAUUCAAAUGAAACAAUCUCAGAAACCUGAUAUGGCAGGUUUGUGUGCAUUCCUCGGGCCAUUAAAUCAAGUAAUCACAAAAGCAAACGAGAUGACAGGAGGGAAGCGAUCUGAUUUCUUUAAUCACUUAAAGACUGUUGCAGAGAGUAUGUCAGCUCUUGCAUGGAUUGCAUAUACGGGAAAAGACUGCGGCAUGAGCAUGCCUAUUGCGCACGUAGAAGAAAGUUGGCAAUCAGCAGAGUUUUACAAUAACAAGGUCCUUGUCGAGUACAGAAAUAAAGACCCAAAUCAUGUGGAGUGGGCAAAAGCUAUGAAGGAGCUUUUUACACCGGGUUUAAGGGAUUAUGUGAAGGCUCACUAUGCUCUUGGACCUGUAUGGAGUGCUACAGGGAAGACUAUACAGUCUGCCCCUAAAAGUUCUCCUGCUCCUCCACCUGCUCCAUCAGCCUCACUCGCCAAUUCAGGAACUUCCAAGCCUUCAUCAUCAAACUCAGCGGGGAUGUCUGCUGUUUUCAAUGAUAUAAGUUCAGGGAAUGUUACUGCUGGGUUAAGAAAGGUCACAAAUGAUAUGAAGACAAAGAACCGUGCUGAUAGAGGUGGAUCUGUUACUACUACUGAAAAGGAGAGUCGGCCUAAAUCAUUUUCUUCCGCAAAGACUGGACCUCCAAAGUUGGAGCUUCAAAUGGGUCGAAAAUGGGUGGUUGAAAAUCAGACUGGAGUUAAGGAUUUGGCCAUUGACGACUGUGAUGCAAAACAAACUGUAUACAUUUUUAAUUGCAAAGAUUCCGUCCUUCAGAUCAAAGGAAAAGCGAACAACAUUACCAUUGAUAAAUGCAAUAAGAUGGGGGUUGUGUUUGAGGAUGUUGUGGCUGCUUGUGAGAUUGUGAAUUGCAAUCGCCUUGAGGUGCAAUGUCAGGGUACAGCCCCAACAAUAUCAAUAGACAAUACGACAGGUUGCCAAGUUUAUUUGAGCAAAGAUUCCUUGGGGUCGUCUAUAACAACAGCCAAGUCGAGCGAAGUAAACAUGUUGGUGCCUGGUGCUAGUCCUGAAGAUGAUAUGGUGGAACAUCCCUUGCCACAGCAGUAUAUGCAUGUGUUCCAGGAUGGCCAGUUUGUAACAAGCCCAGUAUCCCACUCUGGUGCUUAAUGUAUGCACCUUCAUCUUCUCAACACCAUCAUAAACCUCGUCGCACUCUUAAAGUUUUGAUUUUUCUUUUAUUAUUUAGAUACGAAACGUGCUGUGCAUUUCGUUUUUGGUCUCUGUCAUUCUCUGUAGCUCAUUCUUUAAUUAGUCAGAUGUUGAUUUGAAGAAAAAACUAGCAGAGUGUUUUUUAUCGUCUCACUUGAACAGAGUGUUUUUCGAAGUUUUAGCAGUUGCGGUUAUUUCAUUUGUAUAAAACUCUCAAACUUUGCAUUCUCAUUGCUUCACAAUAAAUAAUAAUUGUGAUAAUUGUCGAUCC